GCUUUUUUUUUCUGCAUACAGUGAUGUUGUGAAAAUGAGGGCAACCGUGUGGUUGUUGUUGUUGUGCAAAUUGUACAGUGCUGGUUAAUAAUGUGGGUCCAUUGAACAGCUGUUUUCUGCAGCAUACGAAAUUAUCGAUAGCAAGAAGAGAAACAACGCAGCAGCAGCAGAAGCAGAAGCAGCAGCAGCGCAGUCCAAGAAGAGACGACAGCAGCAGCAGCAGUAGCAGCAGAGCCAAUAUUAUGCGAAACAGAAAAUCUAUAAAAAAGUAGAGCAGCACCAGUUUUUGGGGCGGGGUAAGCAGCAGCCGCAGCAGCAGCAGGAUGGAAACUCCAACUGAGAGUCCAAUGGAUGCUGAGCACGACAACCAAGUGACAACAGUAGCAGCAGCAGCAACAACAACAACAACAGCGCAACGCAAUGCUGAUGAUGAUGAAGACGACGACGAUGACGAAGAGGAGGAGGAGGAGGAGGACGAAACAGAAGAGCAGCAGGAUGAUGCCAAGGAGGAUGCUUACUAUGAGGCGCGCAAUGGCAAUGAAAGUGAUGAGCUUGAAACGGCAUUCCAAAGUUCGUUGACUUUGGCCAGCGGCAGUGACGUCAGAGUAAAUAUUUGUUGUGACGAGAGCCCACAAAUUGCCAUUGAUGAAGCUGCGCGCGCAGUGGACAACAACGAGGCGGCCAUAGUCAGUGCAAGUUUGCCUAUUAAAGAUGCACUGCCGCGACCACAUCAAGCGCUGCUCUCAACAAAAUCCUGCGAGACAGCUGGCGCAUCGACAGCCAUAGCUGGAGCAGCGGGAUCAACGCUGUCGCCGUCGAGCUCCUGCAAUGGCAGCAUUGGCAGCGAUGGCAGCUGCAGCGUUGGCGGCGGCGCACGACGCAAAUCCUGGACACUGUCGCCACAAAAUGGUGGCAAGCGCAAACCCAAAACAGUUGCGACCGCCAAUGGCGACAGCUUCAAUCUGUGGGUGGCACGCGAAUGCUUUGAAACGGUGCCCGCCGAAAUGGUCGACAACCUGAGCAUGGCCGAGGAGCAGCAACAGUUGCCCGACGAGCAUCAGCAUCAGCAUCAGGACAACAUUGAUGUGCAUGUGGACGUGGACGACGACGAUGUGGAUGAGGAGGCGGCCGCUGUGGAGAGUUUGUUGGGCGCAGCGGCAGCGCUGCAGCAGCGACACCACAAACCAACGCCACAGCAACAACAACAACACCAGCAGCAGCAGCAGCAGCAGCAACAUUUGCGUCAACCGACAGCGCAUCGUCCGCUGGAGCGUUCGUGGCCACCGCGUGUGUUGGGCCGUGAAUUUAAGCUGCAGGGCGAUGUGUUCAAGUUCGAUAUACUCGACACCGAUGACGAUGUGGCCAGCGGAUACAGCAACAGCAGCAGCAGCAACAACAGCUCACCGCUGCGUUUUCCCAAUCCCAAUCAUCAGCAUGCGAAUGGCAGCAGCGGCAACAAUGCUGCCGAGGCAAGUCCACCGCCGAUGCGGUUCAAGCCGCUGCUGCAGAAGAAGAUUGGCCCCGAUAGCUACAUCAAUACGAUUAGCACACAGAAAGUGCCAGCUGCCCACAUGACCUACGAAUUUCCGCCCACAUUUCCGCUGCAGGAGCAGCACAAUCACAACAGUAGCAACAGCAGCAGCAGCAGCUUGCCCAGCAACAGCAACGGAGGCAACGCUUUGGCCGCACAUCAUUUUCCCUAUUUGCGACAGCAUCGUCCGCUCACACGCGCCCUGUCCAAUGGCAAAGCAUCUGGCGCUGCAGUUGGCAAUGGCGAGGAGCAUUCACCGCGUCUCCUGCUCUCGCCGAAGCGUCAGCGUAGUCCGCCCUCGGGUUGCUCCACGCGCAGUGCAUCGCCGUUGGAUUUGAGCUUGAGUCCCGAGCAGCAUUCACCCACACGUGGGCGUGGCGUGGGCGGCCUGGAGGCAGCUGGAGGAGCUGCUGCGGUUGCUGGAGCGGGAGCGGGAGCUGCAGCUGGAGUGUUGCCGCUGCCACAGACGCCGCCGGCGCCAGGCACGCCCAGUUUUCAUGCACAGCGACCGCAGCAGCGGCUGCUGAAGCGUGUUGGCGGUGGAGGAGGUGGAGGAGGAACUGCUGGAGCUGGAGCUGGAGCAGCGGCAGCCGCCGGCGUUGGUUUGAUUUGCCCGCCAACGCCAACGCAUCAUGCACGUCGUCAUGCGCGUCUGCAAGCGGUCACUGCCAAUGCGGCAGCGUUGAGCGAAGCCGAUGCUGUCGCUGCUGCCGCAGCCGUGGACAACAAUGAAAUGCUGCACAUAAGCAGCACUCGACUGCCCUCGAUACCCGAACGCACUGCAGCAGCAGCAGCUGCAGCGGCGGCGGCGGCAGCAGCAGCGGCAGCCGCAGGAGCAGCUGGCACAGCAGCGGGCAGCUUGGAGCACGCUGGAGCCGCUGCAGCUGGGGGCGUGGCAGAGCCAUUGCCUCCAGCGUGGGAGGCACGCAUGGACAGUCAUGGUCGCAUCUUUUACAUUGAUCACACGACGCGCACCACAUCGUGGCAACGCCCCGGACCGAGCACAACGGCGGUGCCAGUGGCGGGGCGAGAGCAGCAUCAUCGCCAGCAGCUGGAUCGUCGCUAUCAGUCCAUACGACGCACCAUCACCAACGAGAAUCGUUUGUCAUCGCUGCAGCCGGCGGACAAUGCGCAGCUCUACAGUUUAUCUCGGGCCCAAUCCUCCUCGACAGCGGCGGCGGUCGUAGCAGCUGGCGCCGGAGCUAGUGCCGCUUUAGGAGCCACUGCAGUGGGAGCAGGAGCAGGAGCAGGAGCGGUGGCAGCAUCGUCGACAACAGUGGGAGCAACAGCCACACAGCUUGCCAUACAUCCGGCGGUGUUGAUGUUGUGUCGUCCGGACUUCUAUUCGCUGCUGCACACCAAUGAGGCCGCCUUGGCCAUCUACAAUCGCAACGCGGCGCUGAAGCACAUGGUGAUGCGUAUACGUCGGGAUCCGCAGUGCUUUCAGCGGUAUCAGUACAACAAGGAUUUGGUUGCCUUGGUCAACACUUUUGCCCAGUUGACGCGCGAGUUGCCUUCGUGCUGGGAGACCAAAAUGGAUCAGACGGGCAAACAGUUCUUCAUCGAUCAUCAGCAUCGGAAAACUUCGUUCAUGGAUCCUCGUCUCCCCGUCGAUUGUCCCCGUGUCGUCCGCCAUCGUCAGCAGCAGCAGCAGCAACAGCAGCAGCAGCAACAACAACAACAGUUUAUGCCACAACCGGAUCUGGUGGAUGGCAAUUGUUUGUCCGCCACCAGUGGCCACAUUAAUUCCACCCCAAGUGGCUCCACAGCCGGCAGCAGCAGCAGCAACAGCAGCGUCAUCGCUGCUGCCUCCAUUUCGGGUGUGCCGCCUUUGCCACCGCCACGCCCCUGCCGCAGCAAUGUCUCAGCUGCCGCUGCCGCCGCCCACAAUUGCACCACGGCUGCAGCCAUUGCGUGUGCCUUGAGCCUGGGCGGAGCGGCGGGUGGCGGGGGUCCGAGUUGUAGUUCCAGCAGCAAUGCGAGUGGCAGCCUCAGCGGAGCCACAGCAGCGGGGUACGAGGAUGUGCCCAUUGCCUACAACGAAAAGGUUAUUGCCUUUCUGCGACAGCCGAAUAUACUGGAGAUACUGCGAGAGCGACAAGGACAGCACACAGUGUCGCGAUCGCUGCGCGAAAAGAUCAACAUACUGAGGGUGGAAGGUGUUCCGGCAUUGGAGCGUCUGGGUCACGACCUACAGCUGACCAUAUUGCUCAGUCUGUUCGAGCAGGAGAUCAUGAGCUAUGUUCCUAUUGAAGAGCGAAGUCCCCAAGGAUCGCCGGUGCUCAGUUCACGGAUGCCGCAAAGGGCGCCGCCUCCAUUCAGACGCGACUUUGAGGCCAAGCUGCGCAGCUUCUAUCGCAAACUGGAGUCCAAGGGCUACGGUCAGGGACCGCAUAAGCUCAAAUUACACAUACGUCGCAGUCAUUUGCUGGAGGACGCCUUUCGUCGCAUCAUGUCAGCGAACAAGAAAGAUCUUCAACGUGGUCGCUUGGCCGUACUUUGGGACACCGAGGAGGGACUUGAUUACGGCGGACCUUCGCGUGAGUUCUUCUUUCUGCUGUCGCGGGAACUCUUCAAUCCCUACUACGGACUGUUCGAGUACUCGGCCAACGAUACGUACACGGUGCAAGUGUCGCCGCUGUCGGCGUUCGUGGACAAUUGCCACGAUUGGUUUCGCUUCAGCGGUCGUGUGCUGGGUCUGGCGCUGGUGCAUCAGUAUCUGCUGGAUGCGUUCUUCACGCGACCCUUUUACAAGGCGCUGUUGCGUCUGCCGGUGGCGCUGAGUGAUCUCGAGUCGCUGGACAAUGAGUUCCAUCAGUCGUUGCAGUGGAUACGCGACAAUGACAUUGGCACCGGCAUCGAUCUCGGACUCACUUUCUGUGUCACCGAGGAGCUGCUCGGUCGCGUUGUGGAGCGUGAACUGAAGCCGGGCGGCAAGAAUGUGAUUGUGAAUGAGAAGAACAAGAAGGAGUAUCUCGAGCGGAUGAUCAAGUGGCGUCUGGAGCGUGGCGUCCAGGAGCAAACCGAAUCGCUAGUCCGGGGCUUCUACGAAGUGGUCGAUGCCAGGCUUGUCUCUGUCUUCGAUGCCCGCGAACUGGAGUUGGUGAUUGCGGGCACCGCUGAGAUCGACACCAACGAUUGGCGACUGAACACCGAGUAUCGAUCGGGUUAUCACGACAACCAUCAGGUGAUUGUCUGGUUCUGGCAGGUGAUCGAACGCUUCAGCAACGAGCAGCGACUGCGUCUGCUGCAGUUCGUCACGGGCACCUCGAGCAUACCCUAUGAGGGUUUCUCGGCGUUGCGCGGAUCGACGGGACCGCGACGCUUCUGCAUCGAGAAGUGGGGCAAACCGAAUGCCUUGCCUCGGGCUCAUACGUGCUUCAAUCGUCUGGAUCUGCCGCCGUAUCCUACGCCCGAGUUGCUCUACGAGAAGCUGCUGCUGGCCGUCGAGGAGACGAACACCUUUGGCAUUGAGUAGAGGAGAAGCGUCCAACCGUGGCGUAUGCGUGAUAUUUUUUUUGUUACCAGCUGAAUUUGUAUUUUAUUUUAUUAUUAUUACCAUUACCGUAGUAAGAGACAUGUAUUAGCAACAGCAGCAGCAUCAGCAACAGCAGCUUCAUCUUCCUGGCCAGCUCAAACGACUGUUUACACACUUUAUAUUUAAUUUACUACUUUUUUUUUUGUGGCUGGCAUUUUGCCUGGCCCUUAACAUUAUCGUCGUUACCUCAGAAAGCGUCGCACAUCGCAGUCAUUAGACAUAAGACUCUCUCUAUCUCUCUCUCUCUCUCUCUUUCUAUCCACACAUUGAACCAAUGACAAAACUGCAUUCCCCAAAUAGCAUUUAAGGACGAACCCAAGACUCGGACUUGACACGUUCAAGUGCAUUACUUAAAUGAAAGCUUUCAACAGCUUUGCUAUUUUCUAUUCUGAUUAUUAUAAUUAACUUUUUUUUUUUUUUUUUUGUUAUUUCUUAACUGCCUGAAGGAACUUUGAACUCGACUCGAAAUCUUUGAAAACCAAAAACUGUCAUGAAAAUUACAAAAAAGCAAAAAAACAAAAAAAAAAAACUAACAAAUGAAAACGCAAGGAAAAAACCUUUUGAAAAAUUCUACGCCAAUACUUAAAUAGCUUGUAAUAUCUUAGCCUUAUAACGAAAAAGAAAAUGAAAAAUGAAAAACCUCUUUAGAUGCAUUCCAUUUUGGUUCUAGAACAUAAUGGAAAAUACGUAAUAUUACUUAGUUGUAUUUGAGAACUAAAACUAAUACUUACAACUAAUACUACAUUAAGUAAAUUGUUUUAAAAUUUACAGUGCCCGAAUAUAUGUAUGUAUUUGCAUCUACAUAAAUGUGCAUAUAUAUAUUAAUAUAUAUAUGCACAUUCAUGCAGAUCGGAUUAGUAGUAUAUUAUAUAUACAUUACGAAUACGAAUUGAUUGAAAAUGCAAAACACGAAUUGGUCCAGUGCGUUGCUUUGGCUUUAUUGGUUUUUCCGGCGCAUACGAAAACUUAUUUAAUUAUAUAUAUAUAUACAUCUACAAAUAUAUAUAUAUAUAUGUAUAUGAUAAUGAAAAAAAUACAAAUUAUUUAAUUAUAAUAGCUAACAAUGAACAAAACAACAAAAAAAAAACACAAAAAAAAAAAAAGAAUACCAAAUCGAAAAUGAAGACAAAUUUUAUGAUCGACAGCAACUACUAAAUGGUGAUUUG